GGGAGGCAGCAAAUGAGGAAGAGCAACAGGCUUCAACGCUUUCAUUUUGUUUAUUUUAUGCACACAGUUUUGUUAGGGAGGCUUUGGAGGAGUAGAGCCCAGGGAGGGGCGCUUCCGGCCUCCUGACCAUAGAGUCGCGUGGAAGGAACGCACGGCUUGGGACCUGGCUUCCGGUUUGCGGUCUGCUCGUUGGCAGCAUGGCGGGCGGCGAGGGAGCGGGGCUGCGGCUGCUCUGUCUCCAUGGUUACCGCCAGGACGCCGCCAGCUUCAGGGCGCGCACCGGCUCCUUGAGGAAGGCCCUCCACGGGCGCGCGCAGCUGGUGGCCGUGGACGCGCCUCACCCGGUCCUCCUCGCUCGGCCCCCCCGGGCAGGAGCAGCGCCUAGUUCUGACCCUCCGGAGGAGGAGGAGGAGAAGGAAGCCAAUGGCCGUGGCUGGUGGUUCUCCCGCCCGGAGGAGGGCACCUUCAGCGCCCUGGAUGAGUCCCCGUCCUGCGGAGGCCUGGAGGAGUCCCUGGGGGCCGUGGCCCAGGCCUUUGCGGAGCAGGGCCCCUUUGACGGCCUGCUGGGCUUCAGCCAAGGGGCUGCGCUGGUGGGACUGCUCUGCGCCCUGAGGCACCGCGGGGACCAACGCUUCCCCUUCGCCUUCGCCAUCCUGGUGGCCGGGUUCAAGAGCCAAGCCCAGCCCCACCGCGGCUACUACCAGGGGGAGCCCAUCGCAGUGCCCAGCCUGCAUGUCCUGGGGGAGACGGACCGCGUCAUCCCGGCCCAGAUGAGCAGAGAGCUGGCCGGACACUUCGUGGAGCCCCAGGUCCUCUCCCACCCGGGGGGCCACUUCGUCCCGGCCUCCGCCCCCCAAAAGAAGGUCUACCUGGAGUUCCUCAGCCGGUUUGAGAAGUAACAAAGUGGAAGAAGCACAAGAAGAGGAAGGCCACCAACCCCUUGGAGAUAUUCUGGCCUUGGGAGAACCUUCUGCACCCUUUGGCCACGUUUGGAGGAAGCAGAGCAGCCAGAAUCUGACCUGGACGUUGGAGGAACAUUCAGCAGUUGACCCUCUCUCCCUUGCUUUGCCCUGAAGUCUCUGGGAGAGCCAUGGGAGACUCCUGGGGUCUGAGAGACAAAGACUCAGUGUGGUUUAUAAGGUCUUUUCUUGGCCUGUGCCUGUAUUCCUGUUGCAAUGUCUUAACACAGAACUGAUUGAAACCACUGUCAGGCUUU